UUAACUCUAAUUACAAGUGUCCACGUGACCCUCUCACGGUCUCAUAGAAACGGUUGGAUAUUUUCGGACAAUAAAGCCAAAAUAUAGAGAAAUAAAAAUUGUGCAAACCAUGAGUUAUCCUUCUGUAAGGCUUUGUAUGACAUUUACUUUACUUUUCGCCGUCAUGGCUCACCGCUACAGCAGCUACUCCUCCACCGGGAGGAAGAGAAUUCCUGCGCCGAGGACUCGUCUGGCCAUGCCGACGGUCACCUGCUCGAUACGGGGGAUCAGGGCUGUGUUUGACCCCUUAGUCAAAGAUAAGGUGCGGGUCCGAGAUUUUUCAGGUCUCACAGUCCCCGUGCUUACCUCUGAGAGGUCCUGUGGAGUGACCAUAGGAAGAGAGAAAAACCACAGCCUGUCGUUUUUCAGCAGAUAUGACAGCUGCUAUGCUCAUUUUGAGGGAAACAAAGUGGUCAUCCCUCUGAUGGUCCAACUGACAGGAGAGACUCGGUGGAUCAGGGUGAAUAUCAGCUGCCCCCUGAUAAAGAGAAGCAUUGAAAAGGUUGAAAAAACAAAAAUCCCUUUGGAGUGUGACGUUGAAAAAUCUCUGCGUAUAGACUGUGGUCACCGAGGCAUCUCCAGCGACGCGUGCAGUGACCUCGGAUGCUGCUACAGUGCUAACGCGUCAGCCUGCUUCUAUAAACUCAAUGCCUGCUCUCUGGAUGGACACUUUGUGUUCACAGUAAAGUCUACAGACACACACCCACCUAUUGAUCCCAGCAACCUUGUUAUCAAGGAUCACCCUCACUGCAUCCCUGAAGUCACAACUCCAGAUGUCGCCGUCUUCAAGAUAGGGGUCAUGGAAUGUGGCGCCAAGAUGACAAAAGAUAAAGAUUUGUCCAUUUAUGAGGUGGAAGUGGAGGAGCUGCAGACCAGGCAUAAAGGCAGGCAUUCUCCAUUUAGCCUGGAGGUACAGUGUGAAUACGAGGAAUCGGAUCUGAAGCGCGUACAACACUUAAGGUCGUUGUAUACUGUGACCAAUCCGCCUCCCGUGACUGCGCAAGGAACGAUUGAAGUCCAGAUGAGAAUAGCAACCGAUGCAUCUUUUACAUCCUAUUUCACCGAGGACCAACUUCCAGUUACCUUGCCACUGCGUAAAGCUGUGAACGUUGAAAUUUCCAUCGUUCAGCCGUCCCCUGACCCUUCAUUAUCCCUGCGUGUAAGAGAUUGCUUCGCCUACCCUGCGUCUAAGCACUCUGUGUGGACGCUUCUCCAUGAUGGAUGCCCUAACCCUAUGGAUAACAUGAGAAGCUCUGUCACUGUAGACAACCAGGGGAAGGUCAUCACCCAUUCCCAAGUCAGGAGGUUUGAUGUCAAGACUUUUUCCUUCUUGGAUCCUGAUACAGGCCUUCCAAGCCAAGAAGAAAUCUACUUUUACUGUUGGGUGGAAAUUUGCACAGACGAUGUUGACUGUGCUCAGCAUUGCACGGUCAUCUCAUCUGAGGGUGAAAGGCAGAGAAGACAGACCACAUCGGAGGCACAUCGGGUCCAGCUGGUCUCAUCCGGCCAGUUGGUACAGAGCGAGAUGGAAAUGGACUACAGUUCAUGUGAGAAUAAAAACACAAGUCAGUACGCACAAAGCCACAACGAUAAUGUGACUGUCCCGCAGAAGUUCUUCGAGAGGAACGUUAGACCAUGUCCUUCGUCCGCAGUGUUUCAGGCGAUGGGGUUUGCUCUCAGCGUGGGUGCUGCCCCGACUCUGAUCCUGCUGCUGGUCGUAUGGUCGAUCGCCAAAAGGUUUCAGAGGACCACAGGAAAGCAAGCACACGAGGCACAAGCUGACUGUGAGCAAUCUCAAUAA